AUGUCCACGCAGCCGUUCGCAACGCGCAACCGGCGCAGCUGCCUCCCCCACCGGUCGCACGACGCCUCGAACAACAUGAAGCGAUCCGACCCCUUCAAAUUCGGAUCGCGGUACCUCGAGCAGGGUGACGAUGUCUUCGAGUUCAACGCCUGGGAUCACGUCGAGCCAGAUGACGAAUUCAAGGCCUUUGCCGAGACACAAUACGAAAAGCAGCGUGCGGCGCCUGUUUCCGAGUUCGACCAGACCCGCUUCAACAAUGAACCCGCCAAGUGGUGGAAUAAUUUCUACAAGAACAAUACGGCCAAUUUCUUCAAGGAUCGCAAGUGGUUGCGCCAGGAGUUUCCAGUCCUGGCUGAUGUGACCCAGAAAGAGGCUGGUCCUAAAGUCGUUCUCGAGGUUGGCGCCGGCGCGGGAAACACUGCCUUUCCCCUGAUUAGGUACAAUGAGAACGAACAUCUGAAGGUGCAUGCUUGUGAUUUCUCCAAGUACGCGGUUCAAGUCAUGCGCGAGAGCGAGGAGUACAAUACGGAAUACAUGGUGGCCGACGUGUGGGAUGUCGCUGCCGAGCCCACCGAGAGCGAGGAUUCCCUGCCCCCCGGUCUGGGCGAGGGCUCCGUCGACGUGGUUGUUCUCAUUUUCAUUUUCUCUGCCCUCAACCCGGAUCAGUGGAAUCGUGCACUCAACAAUAUCUGGCGUGUCUUGAAACCCGGUGGUUGUGUUCUGUUCCGCGACUAUGGCCGCGGAGAUUUGGCGCAGGUGCGCUUCAAGAAGGGCCGGUACAUGUCGGAGAACUUCUAUAUCCGUGGCGACGGUACCCGUGUCUACUUCUUUGAUAUGGAGGAGCUGCGACAGGUGUGGAGUCGUUGGACCCCAGAGAAGGGCGUACAGGUUGAUCUCAAGACUGAACCUGAAUCUGUGGCUGCCGAGCCCGCGGCUCCGUUCGAGGUCAAGCACCUGGGUGUUGACCGCAGACUCAUCGUCAACCGCCAGACUAAAUUGAAGAUGUACCGCUGCUGGAUGCAGGGUAACUUCCGGAAGCGCGAUGAUACUGCUACAACGAACUCAAGCACCGAGAAUGGUACCCAGAAUGGCGAGUGA